AUGUCAUUGCGAGAUACAUCAGCCUACAACAACUGUGAAACCAACAACGAUGAAAACCAUUGUGAAAACGGUGCCUACAACAACGGAAACAACCACUGCAACCACUACAAUAAUGUCGUCCACAAAGAACAGACAACCACAAGUGGGACAACAAAACAAGUCUCAACAACAAAGACAUUACCAACGUCAUUGACAUUCGGUUCCUCCACCAACAGCGUUGUUUCCACAACAACUGCAUCGACGCCCACAGAUACUGUUACAACUGCAACAUCUCCGUCCCCGAAACAGCCGACAAGUACAAGCGGGACAACAACACAGACGGUAACAACGUCAUCGACAUUCGGUUCCUCCACCAACAGCGCCAUUUCCACAACAACUGCAUCGACGCCCACAGAUACUGUUACAACUGCAACAUCUCCGUCCCCGAAACAGCCGACAAGUACAAGCGGAACACAGACGGUAACAACGUCUCCCACUAACAACGGCGUUACAACAAACGCAACUGUACCUCAAACAACAAAAAGAACAACAGGAGUGUCCUGCGCGACCUGCAGUGGCCCGAUGUGUGGUUACAGCCCCAUCCAGCCUGUAGUUCAAUGUCCAGGGGAUGCACCUUACUGCAUGAACAGUGUUGAAAACCACCUAGAUGCCUCUAAAACAAUUACGAAAGCAUGCGCUACUGUGGAGGAAUGUAAGACAAAAUGGUGGCACCAAACCUCGGACAGGAGCGAGUGCACGGGUCUUAACGUAGCUGUUCCUGUAAAUGACGACUUUACAUGCCACUUCUGUUGCGUCAAAGACAACUGCAACAAACCUGUAGUUCCUGCUCUGGAUUCCCUGUUCCGGGGUUGACCAAGCCGCAAGUCGACAUUCUUGUUAAUGUUGUUUCAAUAAAAUGUUACCGAUGACA